ACUUUCAAAUUUCCCAUGAAGAAACUAUUCGUUUGUAUAAUCUUCUUCGCAUUUCAAUUCUUUAACAUAGUUGCUUUUGAUCAAGAUUUAAGUAAAAAUAUGACACGGGAAUCUAAAUGAUGAAGAAUUGAUGAAAUGAUUCCGAUUAAUUUUAGGUCCCUUUGAGAAGUUCAUACGGGUGACUUUGAUCUUGACAUUAACGGGACAAGAAUACUCUGAGAAGGUCAUGAAGAACUCUGUGGCCAUUUUGAAAUCUGCUGGAAAUUACAGCGACGCAGAAGCCAAAGCUGUUGAGAAAUUCAUUGAAGUCUUCAAGGAUGAAAACCACCCACCAGGGUCGUUAAUUCUUUUCACUGUAUCUCCCUAUGGGAAUGGAACACUAAAGAUUGGAUUUUCCGAAGAUGGUUCCAUCCCGGAAGUUGUGAAUGCAGUGAUAGAGAAUAAACUACUAGGUGAGGCUGUUCUGGAGUCGAUUAUUGGGGAGCAUGGUGUUUCCCCUGCAGCAAGAAAGAGCUUGGCGGAGAGACUUCCGGAGUUGUUCAAAGAUGGGGAAGAUAAAUUGACCGGAAAUGGAAAUGCCUAAUUUUACUAGUCGUUUUCUAUCCUGGAGAAAUCAUCUAUUAAUCUAUCUGAAUAAUUGAUUCACGAGAAGGAUGUCAUCUGAUGAAGUAGAAGUAAUAUGAAAUUUACAUGUUUUCAUGUUUAAACAUGAAUAAAAUUAUAUAUUAGCA